AUGGGUGGUAAUAAUGUUACCAGGUUAUUUGUUAUGCUUCUCACUUCAAGUUCACUCAGUAAGCCAGAAGUAGUUUGGAAUGCCGUUUGGGAAUUUCUUGCCGAGGAUGCACAGGUUCAACGUCGACGUGUCUUGCAAAAUCCAGAGCUGAUGUUAUCGGAUUCAGAUAAAAAACAGUUUGCUCUGAUGGAGUUGGAGAAUUUGCUAUCUUCGUGGGGAAAAAGCUUGAAAGACUUUUCGGAAAUGCCAAUUCCAGACGAAAAUAGCAUGGGUUUGAGUGAAAACAUGUUGAUAGCCGAAGAGUUGGUGUAUGACAAGGAAUCUUUGAAGACAGAGCAUGAGACAUUGGUAACACAAUUGACCGAUGAACAAAAGAAUGUUUACGACUCGGUGAUGAAUGAUAUUGAUUCAAAUGGAGGUGGAUUAUUCUUUGUGUAUGGUUACAGAGGAACAGGCAAGACGUUCGUGUGGAGAACGUUAUCAUCAAAGAUAAGGAGCCGCGGUGAUAUUGUUCUAAAUGUUGCUUCCAGUGGAAUAGCAUCUUUGUUGUUGCCAGGAGGCAGAACGGCACAUUCCAGAUUUGCUAUACCACUUUCUUUGAACAAAGAUUCCACGUGCAAUAUAUCGCAAGGUAGUGACCUUGCUGAGCUUAUAAUAAGGAGCAAAUUGAUAAUAUGGGAUGAAGCACUAAUGACGCACAAAUACUCGGUCUUUAGUCACAGUCAAUUGUAUGUAGCUUUCUCCCGAGUCAGUCAUCCUAAUGGCCUGAAGGUGUUAGCGGUAGGCGAGGAUGGACAAGAUUGUGUUGCGACUUCCAAUGUCGUCUACAAAGAGGUUUUUAAUAAUGUGUAA